AUGGUGACGUACCUUAAACUUGUAAUAUUUGAGACUGUGGACGAGUGCAAAGGAAAAACGCCGGGGAAACAAAAGUCUGGCGGUUUUGGAAAAGUGCAACAGAGUACCAGGACACUCGCAAAGCCCGUCUGCCAAGGUUAUCUUUGGGUCACUGGUGGGUAUGUAAUUUUCAUAGCCAGGGGCUUCCACACCCCCGUGACGGUUCUAAAGGAGAGCUUCGAUACGUGAACAUGUAUUAGAUGCAGGCAUGUCCCUUUUUGUCCCUUGACCCAAUAGCAAUGUAUUUUAGUCUUUUUUUCUGAUUUUCUCUGAGACGGUGUUGCCUUUUGUCAUCAAAUGCUUUCAGGGAAUGUGUGAAUAUACCUGAUAUAGUUUUACAGAUGCACGCAUGUACGAAAACGAAGGGUCUAACUCUUUUUGAUGACAUAAUUUUCAGUGAUAAAUUAAAUGUCAGCUUGUGAAUAAUUUAUGUAUGGUGUGUUUCUUUUUAUACUAAAUGUAUGUAGAUGCUUUUAUGCUCUGGUAGCAAACUAAUACUUACUUCAAUCGAACCGGUGCUUCAGUAGUCCGUCGCGAUUGAAUCACUGUUAACCACACAAGGAAUUUGUCCUUCUCCGAUGUAAAGAAUAAACGUUUCAACUGGAAACAACUAUUAAAAGAAGAAAUUCAUUUCUCGACGACCGCUGUGAUCGUGGAAGUGAGUUUUGCUAGUGCUAGAGUGAUUCGUUGAGGAGAAAAUUCUUAGACGGGCCUUUUUUUUUGUUUACUGUAUCCGGAAUCCGUAGACAGAAUUUUCUUGUUAUAUUCCGAGUAUGCCAAGAAAUAUUAUUUUCCCAGACAGAGACAGGAAAGGCAAACACAGGUGGAACGCGAGGCAAGGAUUUGACCAAUGCCCGAUUCGGAUGGUUUUAGUUUGCGUUGGAGAUUGUUUUGUCCCUAGUGACAGUUACACCAUUUCAUUUAUUCAUAUUGUUUGCUGAGUUUCACACAUUUGUCUAAAUAUUGUUCCUUAGCCUCCGAUCCUAUAAUAAAAAGAAGAGAUGCAAAAAUGGACCGGCAACAUUUAUGACUUAAAUCGCAAAGGACAAGGGAUUAGGUAAUGUAAAAGCACAGUGUAAGAAGUCCAGAAUGUUGCCGAAUUGGUAUAAUUAGUUUUAAUUAAGAGGAGGUUUGUAGUGCAAAGUCAAUAAGCUUUCUUCCAAGAUUCCCGCUUAGGCCAACUCUGUUUGGCGAAAUGUUUGUCCAGACGGUCUUUCAGAACUCUCGCAUAUGUUUACCAAUAGAAAUCAUGUCUGCAGUCACGUGGAAAACCAACAUUUGACAUGUUCUGUAGGCUGAUAUGAUGUGAUUAACUCCUUGAGUUGGUUGGUUUUGUUUUGAUUUUUUUCUGAAACUACCUCCAUGCGAUAACUUAAGAAGGCCAGAAAAUUGAUUCAUGAUUGAACGAACGAGAAGGAGUGUAAUUCCUUUGUAUUAUGGAAUAAACAGCAGCGUCGACUGGGUCAAAAAAUGGUUUUACAUAUAAAUAAUAGCUCUAAUGGACCUUUUUUUAAUAUAAUGCUUUUCUAUUCGUACCAUUUUAGUUGUUUUUAAAACCAAAGGAGGAAGUAAUUUUUACCAACUCUCCACCGACAAUUUCUUUAAAUCUACGAGAAGGAAUUUCAAAGUCUCGGAAUGAUACUAGCAAUGUUACUUCUCGGAAACACAAACCAAAACAAAUCAACAUAAAAACAAAGAAAAAACUCCUGGGUUCAAACCUUUCACAGUCCUUUCACAAAGAAAAAACUGUACUCUUUCGAUAGGCGCCCAUCCCUCGUUGCUGCUUCGGUGGUAAUUAAACAGCUCACUCACGUAGUCAACUGUGAUUAAACGCAUUGAUGGCAGUUCUAAGUUUAAUUUCAUAGAUAUAAAUCUUGUGGCUUGACCCUUUAAUGAACGUCUUCGCCAUAAUGUUUUUUUUUUUUAAUUCUUUCCGUUUUUCUUUGAGGUAAAUAUAAAGAGGAUAUUGCUAGCAAGAAUUUACUUGUUGAAAAUACUGUCAGCAAAAUUAUUAGAAAAUUUACAGUCACUCGCAAUAGCUUUUGUCUAGAAAUGAGGUGGCAAGUUAUAUAAGUAAUGGAUAUGGAAAAUUAUACACCGUCCGGUCCAAGCACUUACAUAAUUAUUCCUCGUUUAUUGAUCCUAGCAUCUUCUUUGUUCGACGUUAUCAAAAAUAUAUCUGACGUGUUUGAUGCACUCUGUACAAAAUAAGAGACAAAACUCAGUGAAAAAGAGUAAAACAAAAUGAUUAAUUACUGCAUCUUUUGAUUUAUUUGUCUACUUCUUAAAAAAAAAUUUUUAAAUUAUAUUUUCAUUUGAUGUUCAGCUUUUUCAGUUUGCAGCCGAGUGUUUUUAAUCCUACGGGGAAAAAGAAAGAUUAAAGAACGGAUCAUCAUCCAAGUCGCUUUAUUCAUACGGCUUACGAAUUUGCAAGUGAAUGGUAUUACGGUUUUUUUUCUAACAAAUGGUGUCUAUUGAAGGCAGAAAUUUAUCUCCUUUGAGUAAGUGAAGCUUUUUGGCAAACAUCAAAUGCAAAUUACGUUCACAUAAAAGAUGUUUACCAGUCUGAGAACAAUGGCACCGUUAAAGUAACCGGAGUUACGAAUGUGGCCGGCACAGGUUUGGACACAUCAAACGUGCAAAAAAUAAAAUAAGAUAAAGGCAAUCCUUUUUACUUGAAACAAAGCAAAUAUUUUCCUGAGAAACCAACCAGGGGCUCGUCGGAAUGUCGUCAAUCGCGUUAAGGCAACAAACUGAGUUUUGUCUUCAUGAAAUAUAUUCAUAACAUUGCACUCCAUAAACUUUGCGGUCUACGCACGGAGGUUUUUUUUUUUUGGCGUACUUACCUGUACAUUGUUUUUCUCAAAAUUUCACCGCCGAUUUAUUUUUCUGUUUGUAUUCAAAAUCGGAAUAACAAAUGAGCUAUAAAAAGGUGCAGACUGCGAUCUGCACUUUCUCAAACUUGGAAACAGACUGAAAUUGACACACGCUUCAUGGUAAAGACAUCAGUUGAAGAAUGGACAUAACACGUUUAGAUCUUCGCUGGAGAAGUAUCUACUUGCAGUCAGUCACCCUUGGAAUAAAUGUUAUUAUGAAGAAAACCAGGCUGUGAACAGGACAUUCUGAAUAGAAGCUGGUUAAUGUAAAGUUUUGAUUGUAUUUGUUUAAGUUAUGAAAACUGUGUUUCCAAAUAUAAGUAUCGUAUUGAAUCAAGAUCUAAAUCUGAGUCUUCAGAGGGAGUUCGAGGCCGUGACCUUACACAAGUUACAAUAACCUUGCUUUAAGUUGUAUUGAAUAUUGCCAUAUGUAUUGUGCACAGCUUUGCUCGUAUUUUCACCCAUGAAAGAGUUCGACAUUUCCCUAUUUAUCAGGGAUAUUCCCAACGAGGUGUCAAAGGACAACGCUUAUGACCGUGGAAAACGAAAUCAAAGUAAUUUAAGUCGGCAAUUUGCACUUUGUUAAAAGUAAACAUUAUACUUUUCAGUAUGUUGACGAUAUGCACAAAAAGAUUAUAGCAGCCUUUUCCAUUUUUCCUCUUCGAACAAUAUUUGAAGUGUUUUCUUUACUUUAAAUGAACAAUAGGACAACGCUAACUUGACAAAAAAGUGUGGGUCAAUGAAUUUCAUGAAUAAAUUAGGACUUUUCUGUUAGUGAAUCUAUAAUUUGGAAUUAGCAGCAAGGCUCGGAAAAACUAGUGCUUUGUCAAGUGUUUUGAAAAAUUAAGGAAAAGAUUUACGAUUUUAAAAAGUUCUUCCCAAAUUUUCCUUUGCGUAGGAUCUUUAUUUUACGAUUCAUAAGCGCAGAUUAGGUCUAAUCAUAGUUAUCAGUGUUUCUAUUGAUAACCGUGGACCACGACAAUUUCGAGAAUUGAGUACAUCGUUUAUUUUGAUCGUAAACAAACACAGAAUCAAGCUUUCCCUGGAGCAUUUUUCGUUGGUUGAACACGAAACAAUUUUUUUUUCUCGCUCUUUUUUUAAUAUCCGUUACUUGCUUUUUAAUUUCGAUUUUCCUUUCAGGUGGUUAUAGUCGUUGUUUUGAAAUUUGUGCUUUGAAUCAACUCACUUUAAUAUAUUAGUAAGCAGAGGAGUUUUGAGAGUAUAAACGUGAAACGUUCAGGAAAUUUAAAAGAAAUACUUUCAAUAACAAAUAUAGAAAAUAUUACAAAUUUGUUUAGAAGCCUGCAUGUUUGUAUAUAUUCACGGUAUCCACCAUUUUUCCUUUACUAGUAGUGUUUUUAAAAUGACACGAAAAUGUAUUGUCCCUCAAACAAGUGGGCUAAUGAAAGGAAAAGUUUUAGUUCAGUCGACUUAUAAACAGUGAAUUAUUCGAUAGCCCAGAAAAAAUAUUAUAAUGCACCUUUUCGCCAAAAGAAACUGUAUGUUCCUAUUCAAAGGAAAUCGUUUUCCUUGGAAUUGAUGUGUGUUUGAAGGAGUUCCCCUGAAUACAGUUUAAAUUGCAAUAGAAUCACAAGCAUCUGAUCAUGACCUUACCUUUCUAGUAACCGUUGGCUGGAAGACGUCUCGAAGCGUCGAUGUGAAUCGGGGCUGUGAUUUCAAUCUUAAAUACAACAAUUUUUAAGCCCUGCCUUAAGGUGUAAUAAAUGUUAGAAUACAUUACCAGUGACGUCUAAUAGAGAAGAUAAAAACUACCAUUAGCUUGCCAUAACUAAAUUAUAUUCAAGUCGCCCCUUGAAUGCCAUUAAGCUAUAUAUUGACAAAUGAUUUUACCAGAAUGAAGAAAAGAAUAUCUCUGCACGAAAGGAAGUAAGAUGCGUUAUAUAUGUUUUGAAUUUGUGCCAAACUUAUUAAGGAAAAAUAUAUCCUUUCGGUGUAACUGCUCUAUUCUUCUUAGGUGAUUCUGUUAAUCCCGUGAUAACACAAAAUGUUCUCUUGAUUUAACUAUGAAAAAGACUCGCCGAUUUUUUCCGACAUGUAAUAAAUUUUAAGAGCAACCUCCUUUUAAAAGAAGAUUAAACAUGCUUUGAUAAGUUCCACUAAUAUUCAAACCUACAGUCGUGGAUCAGUAGCCUGAAUAAGAGUUAAGAUGGCUAGUUUCACUGUCUUACUUUCACGUUACCAUAAGACCAUUUCAGACAGCAAUACAAGUGCGUCGCUUUCAUCGGCUUCUGCCCGUCCAUGCGUGUGGUAAAUUAAAUCUCUGAGCAUGCAUGUCAAAAAGCUUGAGAAUAACGCAAAUCUUGUUUGAUUUUAUUUUGCUAUGUCAUAAAAACCUUUACAAGCUAACAAUGUAUUUGCCCACUAACGAUGCACUCUUUUCUGAAAUAAUCCUGUGGGUCUAAUUGACUCAAUUGUUACGCAAAACACAUUAAAAUUAUUUUGUCUUAUUUUUGACAUCAUGUUUAAUGGCCACCUGCCACUAACCUUUACGCUGGAACUACAUUUGCACAGAAUAGGGCUGAUACAAAAGUGGUGAAAUAAGAUGUACGUGAAAGGCCAAAAAUUAUACGACGUCUUUAAAGGCGUUCAGGGUGCGUAGAGCUAAAGUUGUGAAGAAAAUCACAAAUACAGCGUACGAGGUCAAUUUUAUAUCUCUAUCUAAAUGCGCGUGGGAAAUAUGCUUCGCCGUGCAGAUUUCCAGCAAAAUUUUAUUUUAAUGACUUUCAAAGCCAUUCAGUAUAAAUUCAAAUGAGUGACAUCAAGCGGUUAAGGCAUAAUUCUUCCCAUAAACAAAUUUUUUUUUUAAAAAAAGGCAUAAUUUCGUUUUUUGUACAUCAUAUUUUUAUCUCCGCCUACUGAACCAGUGUUCAGUAUUUUUUUGCACAAGACACAGCAAGCAGCUUCUAAUAAAAAUAUUUCAAAGCACAAUCUAGCAGUAAAAGUAAACAUAUUGUAAACAAUGAGAUGCAUCAUUUAUUAACCUAAAUGUAGCUUUAUCAUAAAGAUUAUAAACAUCAGCAUCAGCCAUGACGGCAUUUCGAUUCUGAAUGUUAUAGAAUCUAACAAUUGCCACAAAUUGCUUUUUAUUACAAUUUAUAACCAAAUUUUAAGCUACAUCAUAUCAGCAAAUAAUGAUUAUCCUCCUCAUCAUCAUCAUAAUUAGAAUCGUAAUCAUAAUUUUUAAUAAUGUUAAUGAAAAUGACAAUAAAAUAGUAAAUGACAACUACAUGCAACUUUUUGGAUUUCAAUCUUGUCGCUUUUAUUUUGAAUUUAUCUCUGAUAAGAUAUAGCCAUUUGUACUCAGUUAUAAAUGUGAACAAAAUGCUUAGUUAAGAUUUCAGCGGAUGUGAAUUAAACGUAAUUUUUUGUUAUAUUGAAUAGAGAGAUGUCUGUUUGCGUGGUGAAACGCCCAGUGAUAAGUACAUUAACGGCACGCAAUGCGAGUAUAAAGGAUGCUUUCAGCAAGAAUAAUAAUCUGAUUCCAUAGUCGUAAACGAAGUGGUCGUGCCGCUUAAAUUGGUGUGCAUAACCCGCAACACGGAACAUUCUAUUAAAAUAAGUCAAAUGAAUCACAUAAGGGUUAGCGGUUUUGUUUGUUUUUUCCAUUCAGAUGGAGAUCGUUAGAGGUUGUUAAAAAUCCAGCGGAAGUGUGCUUUUUAUCAAUAGAAAUUCUCUUAAGAGCGGCCUGUAAUUGCUAAACAAUAUUUAAGGACGCUUACUAAUAGUCCAUCCUGGUCAGAACUGGCCUAGUUUCCCACGCAACCGUUUUUGUCUCGCCACGCAACGCUCUUCCCAAAGAGGAGCGUUGCGUGACGAGAACUAGCAAGCCAGACCGAUCAUCUUGAAAAUAAAAUCCUUUUAGGAGAGUUUUCGCAAAAGACCCAGCACUACCGUGCAUAGUGUUAAAAAAGAGCAACCUUGCUGGAUAGUUCUGAUUAAUAGUGGAAUUCUCUUUUGGAAUUAAAUGUGCUUGUCUAGCCGGCCAAUUCCCACUGUGAUAACAGGGUUCGAAAUUAACUUUUGAACUAGGUUGCCCAUGGGGCAACCAUUUUUUCACUUCUAGGCGUCCAAGGUGAAAUCUAGGCGUCACAUAAACUAAGGGACUAAAAACUUGUAAUAUACAUUAGAAAAAGCCUGUCAGUGACUAAUACAUGGCAUGGUUUAAUGAUAGUUAAGAAUAGUUAAGCCAUUGACGGCCUUUCUUCCAUUGCGUUUGAAAUGUUCGCAUCGGGCGUUUUGUUUAGGUUUAGACAAUUCUGCCUCUGCUCGAGUUUUCUUGCUUGCUGAAAGUUCUUCAGUCUCUUUUUCAGAAAAUGCGUUACAUAGUUCCUUUCAUUUCCUUUGAACUUCUUUCUCGUUGUCUGAUGUGCGUAAAUACUGCAACAAACUGUUCUGCUUUAGUGAGUCCGCCAUGAUUUUAAAAGAAGCACAUGGCAUGUACAUCCGGGAAUUUUCUUAGAGCUUGGGUGUUAGUCCUACUGCGCAGCGGUAAACGCAAAACAAGAUGGCGGACAAUUACUCCGUACACGUACGCUAGGUACGUAUGAAUUGUAAAGAAAAGGAAAAGAAGUGAUAAUUUUUACAGACUUAGUUUACCAUUUAUCAAGCAGAAAUACUGACUUAGGAUUAUAAUUUUCCAUUAUAAUGAUAAUUGUUCAUAUCUUAAGUUAGCGGACAGUUUCUGUAAAUGGACAGCUAAAUUCUAGUCGUCCAAGGGGCAACCAUGUUCAGAGAUUUGGUCGUCAGGGUCAAAUUUUGGUCGUCUCUGACGACUGGACGCCCGUUAAUUGCGAACCCUGGAUAAGCGCCCUAAGUUUUUCGAACCGUGGCGACUGUGAAACUGUAUUUUUAGUUUGCAUUUUGUAUUGAGUAUUUCAGUUAUGCUAUCACUGCUUGUGUCGCGAUCGGUCUUCUAUAACAGUGGUGGUGAUAAUGAAAGGGGGGCUUAGGAUUUUCGGUUUUGGCCAUUUUUAGGUCGGUUUUUCGGUUUUUGCACUGAAAACCUUUUUGUUGUCCGUAAUGAUUCCGGUUUUUUUGGGCAAAAGUACAGCAGGUUAGAUUCCUCUGUGGGUCUCUAUGCAGUCAGAUGUUAGGCUAUUUUAUAUGUUUCUAUUUUACAGUCAAUCCAGGUUAAACUGCAAUGUGGGAUUCUGUAUUUUUGAUUGAGGUUUACAGCUAUAGGAGAGCUUUUUACAAACGCAAAAUUUCGCCCAUUGUCCUCUAUUGCUAUUCAAUCGAAGAUCUUUGUGAAUUCGCGUAGACGAUCGUAGGGCAGAUAUGCCGGUUUUACUACCAUAACAUUCAUAGAUAGUGCUAAUACUGUGAUGAUAUUAAUAUCUAGAAUGAUGAUGUGAUAUUUUUUAGUCGGCAAAAUUGAAGAACAGCUCCCCGAGUCUACCGACAGACGGCCGACAGACUUUUUGGGGAACUGUUCUUCAAAUUUACCGUUUUGUCCCUAUGUUCCAGAUAUAACUAUAACGUUUGGCAUCUAGACUAGGGUUUUGAAAAUUGAGCUGUAUAAAUCUUCGGUUAUAUAUGAUGGUUUUGUAUUCGGUUUUCGGUCUGAUUGAAAUCUAUCACGGUUUUUCGGUUUUGGGUAAUUUUUAGAGCGGUUUUUCGGUUUUCUAUAGACCCCAACGCCCCCCUCGAUAAUUGGUAGUAGAAGUGGUUAUCAGUGCGGAAUAUUAUUUUUCAGCAAACUAAGGCAUAUUGAUUAGGUCACAAAAUGUUGGGCGAACUGAGAUAUACUUUUUGUCGCCUGUGUCACUGCCUGAAUAAACAUCAUUCCCAUAUCUUCUUUGGGUUAAAAUCCAGCAUCGCUUGUGCCGUUUCGCAUAUGCCACCUAGCCAUCCCCAUCCCCCUCUUAGAAGUAUGCAUGAUGUUUGACACAUGGACAUACAGUGGAACCUCGGAACCUCGAUAUAACGAAGGGCUAAGGGACUGGCAAAAUUUGUUCGCUAUACCGAGGUUUCGUGGUUAUAUCUAGGUUCUUUUUGACACAUUUCACUAUUACUGGGGUAAAGAAAAUCGUUCCUUAUACCAAGGACUUGGUUAUAUAGAGGUUCGUUAUAUCGAGGUUCCACUGUAUAACGAAACCUCGGUAAAGCGAACAAAUUUUGCCACUUCCUUGGCCCUUCGUUAUAUCGAGGUUCCACUGUAAAAGACCAGUUUUGAUAUGAUAAAAUUCAUACUUGGCUGCAAGGCUUGCGGGAAUAAAACAAAAGAAAUCGUCUGGAGACUUAGCAAUGAAUAAUACAUUUCUUUUGUUUUGUUGCCCCAAGCCUCGGAGCCAAGUAUGAAUUUAAAUACAUCGAAACUGAUCUGUUUAACCCUUUAUCCCUAAGAGUGAUCAACAUCAAGUUUCUCCUUGUAAUAUCAAUGCUUUGUAAAACAGAGUGGUCAUGAGAAUUACGGACAUGAUCACCAAAACUUAAACGUGUUUAAUGGCCGUUUUAGUUAAGGUGUUUCGAUACAGUUUUCGGAGACCAUACCGAUUUUCCUCAAACGCUUUUGAGGUGCUUUUAUCCUUGUCCGGUCGCUAUAAAAUUUUCUCCACUGACUGAUUUUGGAUUGAGCUUCUAGGUAAAAUCGAUAUCACCAUGACAGCAAUUAACAAAAAACUAGAUCUAGACCUACUACUGAAAAUCCGACACCAGAAACGUAAAGUUUGGUGUUCAGCAAAUAAACUCCGUGAGAAGUAAAAGAUUCUGUGUUUAAAUCAAAUAAAACGUAACUAUAUUUCAAACCUUAUAUUUUCAAUGUAUUGCAAACGUAAUAAUCACAUUGAAGAAGCUUUUUUAUUUUUUAUAUUUUAUUUUUUUAAUAGAAGGUAUUAACUACCCUUUACGUUUUUGUCUUUCUGAUGUUUGGGCUAUUUAACUAGGAGUAACUCCAAUUUGUUUAGCUGCCCAGUUCUACAAACAAGCUAUUUUCUUUCAGAUCAACAGUUUAUUUAAGGCUGUGAAAGUUUCGCACUUAGUAAGUUGAACUUCGUAAAUAUUUCUCUGGUAUAGUUAAAAAUCUAUACUUAGGAGAUUUUUUAACACCUUUGAUUUCUUAUCCUUGGUUAGUCCCGAGCAGCUGAAAAAAUCAUACAUUUUGUCAGCGAUGCUCUGAUUGUUUAUUUUCAUCAUCUCUAUACAUUAUACUGUACGUAAUUGUUCUCGAGUUGGAUCGAGUAAAGUUCUGGUCGUGAAAAAGUUCAGUGACAAAGAUGAAAGAAGGGGAUCACCAACGAGAAAAGACUCUUCUUACUCGAUAUCAAGAACAUAACGCGGAGCAUCUCUGGUGCCCGGUGCAUUGGCGACUUAUAGGGUACGUAUUCAGUUAUCGAAAUCAUUCGGAAACAAUCCAAAAGUUCUACCUUCUCGGUAGAUAGAAAAUGAGUUCACCUAUAAUUCCAAGAAUGAAUGAUCAGGCAAAGGUGACAUAUUUCUCAUGGAAUCUAAUAUUUCAUGCUUGAGGAUUUUUUGUAUUUCUGUGGACAUGAUCGUUAUCUGUACCUUUGGGAGUUAAUUAAGUUUAGCCUUUGGUAAGAAUGAAAGAGCUUUAUGAGUUGUUUCAACUUAUAAACCAAUGAAAUAAGCAAGCUACUGUGAGCCAAUAGAUUUCAAUAAAACUAGGAAUUUGAUUAACCAUCUCUGAGAAAAAAAGCGCAUUUUCACCAAUCCCUCCUUUCUGGAACCGUUUUUUGCCAAUUAUCAUUUAAAUAGCUAAAGAUCAGAUUUGCCACUCUUGUUGCCUAUGGAUGUAAUAAAGCUUCACUUUUGUUUUUGGCGCUUGUGCAUAAAGCAAAAUUUGGAAUUUUUUGCGAAUCUAUUUCGAUCCUUCUUUCUUGCUCUCUAUCUUUCCUUUCCUUACCUUCCCUAUUUCUAGAUUUGUUGCCCAUUUUAUCGUCUUUCUUUACCAUGGAAUUGUGACUGGCUAACCUUCUAGGAUAGGGGAAAAUAUUUUUUGGAAAGACUAGAAGGUGAUCACCGAAAUUGGUAGUGGACUUUGUCCCUAAAUUUUAGUCAUUUUACUGGGUUUUUGUGUAUAACUCUAACAGAAUUGGUCAGAGUUUACAAAUUGAGGCAUCUUUUCAAAGUUCUAUCCUCCUUGAAUACGUUCCAUCGGCCCAGACGCGCAUAAUCUGCGUUGUUCAUAUUGAACCGAAUUGACCCGAUCCGUAGCCAGGGGAAUUAAUUGGCACUGGUUCAACUCUUGCAGAUUCGGACGGAAGUGGAAUCCCGCAGAAUUACACGACAUCCCACCGACAUGAUAUGGUCUUUGCAACCUACAUAGCACAAAUUAAAAAAUUAAAAAGGAGAAACGAUCUACUCACGUGGCUGCAUGGAGGAACCAACUGCGACCUGCAGAGAUUUUAGAGAACAGUUUGGCGCAGUGGACUUUGGGUACCCCAAGUGGCAUAACAUAAGUGAUGGGUAAUUGCGAUAUGCGGAUGAAAGGAAUGAAGAAGACAAAGGGACGAACUUCCAUACAAGACCUUGAGAACAGUCUGGAAAGCAUAAUGCCGUCAGGAUGGACUUUGUCGAAACUUGAAAGAAAAGGCUCACCAAACAGCAGAGGAUCAAUGGAAUUUGACUUUAUAUCACUUAACUUAGAACUCUUACUGUGUUUGCAGCACCAACGUUCUUUAUUGUUAUUAUAAUUGUUAUUGUUAUUAUUAUUAUUAUUAUUAUUAUUAUUAUAAUUAAAGGUUUUGAUUACAUUAUAAAUAACAUAUUUAUUAUGUACUAUAGGUUAAAAAAUUACGGUUACUUUAAACAAAACGCCGCUAACCUAUCGUGCGCACUCCAUUUAUCUUGGAACAGAUAUUAACAAGUGCCUGGUCAAUAACGGUGGAUGUAGUCAUUACUGCAAGAAAUGGGGUUCUAUCUAUGUCUGUACCUGCCCCGCUGGUUAUGAAGUGGAUUCUUCAGAUAAGAAUUGCAUUGGUAACAAAAUGACAAGUUUCAAUAAUUCAUUUUCAAUUUUUGGGUCGCGCUUUGUUUACUUCUUCAGUUCUAGUUGCUGUAUUUCCACCCUGCCAGCAGAUUGUUCUUCCUCUAGCUCGAUUUUGGCUUACCCGAGAAUUGUUUUGCAUGAAUCGAGUAAGAUCUUUGUUGAACAUUCGCUGCAUUUUGCUCGGAAACAGUCUCGAACCCGGGCCUUAUAUAGCCGUGCACGUGGUACAGCGGGCUCAGUUAUGACCAUCGGUUUACCAUUAAACGGAUGCUUGCACUCGGAAAACCAGUUUGACGAGAGAAAACAAGAUUGACUUGUCCAGAAAUUGGGCUGCGGUGACUUCAAAGGCUUGACGCGAUUCCUCAUGCCAGUCUAGAAGGCUCUGCCCGCAGAGUGCUGCAUUUUAAUCACAGGUCAUAAGAACUUAAAUAUCUCUUGUUCGCUUGUUUGUUUCAACUUCUGCUACGCUGUUUGAAUGAAAUUGGAAGCUCUAAACAAAUUAGAGCACUGUUUAAUUGUCAGCCGGAGACUUUUGUUGUGGACCAAGUGGUUUAUCUUGCGAUUAAAGGUUCCUUCGAUCUUCCUAAAAUAACCGAGACUAGGAAAGAAUGGGUUGCGUAACUUAUUUCAUAAAAAGAGAAAAACGGAAACUUGGUAACUGCAGGAUUUUAUUUUUCCAACCUUACCGCUGACUAAUACGCGAAGUGAAAAAUGAUUUUUUUCCAUUUAAUUUUAACAGACAGAGAUGAGUGCGCACUCGCCAAUGGAGGAUGCGAACACAGUUGUUCAAAUGCUGAUGGAAGCUACACUUGUUCGUGUAAUAGUGGAUUUAAGCUGAACGCUAACGGUUUAACCUGUGAAGGUGAACAGAAAUCUCGCACCCUCGUCAUAAUCUGUUUUAAAGUUUGAAUCUCAGUAUGAGACCAGUGCUAUUCUUCUGUUAAAUUAAAGCUUUCGGGGCUUUGUCAGUUUUUCUUUGACUUUUUUAUCUAUUCAGUUUUAGUUAUUUUAUUCACAACCAUACACAUUUUAUCGUGUUUAUGUUUUUGAAUCAUACUUUGUUUUAUUUCUUGAAUGUGUUUUAAGAGAAAGUGUUCAUUGAAACGAGAUGUUGGUUAACCGAGUGGCCCGCCCUUUGUAUGAAAAGAUUAAUUUUUGCUAAUCAAUAGAUACGUAUUGAUGAAAUUUAGUGAUUUGUGGUUGCUAAGGUACGAUUUAUGACAUUCAAACCAUGGUGGAAUAUGAAUUUGCAGGUUUAAAGUAAAUUAAAAAUAUUUUUUUCCAUUUGAAGAUAUUGAUGAAUGCAAGGAUGGUUCAGCCAUGUGUGACCCAGAGAGCACUAUUUGUGUAAACCUUGUUCCCUCAUAUAAGUGUAUUUGCAAGAUCGGAUAUACCACGAUGUACUACAGUGACUCAACUCCUGAUGCCUACAACUGCAAAGGUACUGGGGUAAAAAAUACCUUUUUUCUGUCAGUUGGCAAGAUCCCAUCACACUGGACGUUCCAUUGCUCGUUGGUCGUUCCGUCUAUUUUUACUUCACUUGCCCAGAAACGUCCGCAUAAUCCAACAUGGCGGUUUAUCUUCAUAAAAAGAUACUCCUUGACUAUUUGACUUCCAAGUUUUUUAGGCCUUGUUCGAAAGUGUAUAGUGUUAUCCACUGAAAUGUUCUCUAUCUAAGGAAUAUUGCAAUUUGCUUUCCAGUGACGCUUUUCGAGAGACAGAUCCCUUAAAAGAAAGAGGAAAAUUGGGAGUUUAUAAACAACUCAAUUAUUUCCCGAUUUGCCAUGUAUUCUCCACCAUUUGAAAGAGUCCUUGGCACGAAGUUAUAUACCAUGUCCAAGAUGAAGCCGGAAAGCACAGCAAAACAAAUGCGAUGUUUACUUACUGCGGUCUAAAAUAGGGGUUAAUUAGCCACCAAAUAUACCCUUUCUAAAUCCGAUUGUGAAAGUGAGGGCGUUUUAUAUUUAGCGGUAGGAACGCUGUUAUCCAUUCCGCUUUCCAAACAAAUACCAUGAGACUAUCAGCGGAUGAAGCUACUUAAGCAAAACGGGAGCAAAAGCUUCACUUUGUUUUGGUAAGGUUGUCUUUGCCACAGGGUUGAUACGGGGGUUAUUCCAGAGGCGCGGCAGUGACUCUCACAACCAAAUAAGUACUAUGUUAAUAUACUUUAUUUCUGAGUGACUUACUCUUUCACUUCAGAAUUCUUCAUUUACUUAGCAAAGUCCUUCCUCAAGUUAACCUUCUUCUUGGUAGUUCUCUUUCUUCCUCUUUUUCUAUAACUGCUUACUCCUUCUUCUAAAAGCUUACUUUUCAACAGCUCUCUAUUUAUUUGUUUGGUUGUCCAUACGGUUUAAUAAUAAUGCGUAGGAUACAAUUACGUUCUAAUUAGCAUACGAUUAAUUCGUAACCUAAAAUUUCUUUGAAAAGCUUUUCUUCAGUUCUGGAGCAGGAUAACUACUAAGGAAAACUAACUAAGUAAAGUUCAGUAAAAGAAACACGCUUUUGCACAGUUACUUUAAAGUUGUUUGGACCUUUUAAAGGUAAAACUCAAAGAUACAAGCUUCGUUAAUGGUAAACAAAGGACGACUCCCAUAUUCAUAAAUGUGGAAACAAGAUAAAUAGAUGGGACAAAACUUCCUACCUUUAAUUAAUGAAUACCUAAAAACGGAAGAUUUUGUCAACAAACACUAGCCUUAAAACUCAAGUUUCUUCGUAAAUUACUUAAAGUGUCCAUUAAAAGAUAAGUAUUUUCCGAGGGACAUCAAGUCAGGAGACAUGAUGUCCCAUUCUCAAAAACCUUAUUUACUCACGAACACACGAAAUGAGAAAGUCUUAACUUAAGCUCAUUUCAAACAUCGUGCUACAGCCGUGCCAAGCUGGCUCGACUGUAGCACGACACUAGUACGACUUGGUUUCAGAUUAAUUCAGUCGAAUAGAACGGCUGUUGCCGAAAACAAAACACAAAAAAGUAGAAACGGUUUAGCAAACUUUUAAAUGUAUUCUAAUGUAUUUAUAAUUUAUGAAUUGAGUUUGGCACGGCGGUAACACGACGUUUGAAACGGGCCUUAGUUACAAUCCUAAAGUCAUGGAAUGCAGAAAGAGCGAUUUUAAGGUACAUGCGGGUAUAGAUGGGAGUUACCCUUGGUUAGUAACUAACUAAAGAAUGACGUACAUGUUCUGAUUCCGUGCGAGAUGCAGGGAAGCACACUUUUUAACAUUUGUUCUUCUAAAUAAAGAGUUUAUUAGCAAAUUUGCUUUUUAUCUUAUUUCAUACUUAUUAAUGAACAGUGAAAAUGUUCCGGAAUCUAAAAAGCUUCCUACAACGAUAUAUGUCAAUAUUCAUUUCAACUUGAUCAAAUAAAAUUUGUCAGCAAUCAAUCAAGAUCACUUUUCAUGCUUCACUUUUUUAUAUUUUAAAUGUUGUUUAUUAGUAUUAUGUUUGACUUAUUCCGUAAGGGAUACAUUUGGCUAAAUCGGGUGAAAAAUCGGUUUCCCUUUAAAGACCAUUGGGAAGAUAUAUAGGACUUCCAUUAGCUUAUAAUUUUUUUGAUAAAUCGAGGAGAUAAGUCCCGUGACAGGGUAAUCAGUUUAACUACUGUCACUUGCUCCCCUCUUAAAAUAAAGUCUAUUAAUUGACUGAUUGAUUGAUUUGCGAAACUAAUUGUUGUAUAAACUUUACGGCUGAAUCUAAUAUAGUGUCAUUGUUAUCUGACUGUAGCUAAGACCUGUCCAGCCCUGAUUGAAGUUCCAGGAACCAGCGUCUCUCCCAGCUCAUGCUUGCAAGAUGAAGGCAGCUUUUUUGGUGAUGUGUGCACAUUCAGUUGUAAACCUGGUUAUGAACUACCCAGUCGCCUGAACACUCUGAGUUGCCUUUCGACCGGAAGUUGGAAUGGCUCCGUAGUCAACUGCAGAAGUAAGUAACCCCUGAACUAAGCAAAUUAAAGUCACAAUGAGCUAUUGAACUUUGUAAAUGAAUUAUGAAAUAAGGAUGGCAAUGUUCUAGUUUUCAGUUUAGUACCAUCACGUCCAAAAAUGCAUCUGUGUUGUGCUGGCUUUAGAAGCAUAAACCAAGAAACUUUCCUCCACAACAAAUACAACUUAGAAGCCUAUGAUGCAGGUCUGACGACAGGUGACCUUAACGAGCUGGUGUUGAAACAAUUUAUGAAAUUCUUUGGGUGGUUACGGAUUCCAUUGUGACUCGACUGCGGUUUCGAUCGCGAGGACCUGAAAAAGUUAUUGGUUGAGGCUGAGUAUGAUUUGAAGAAUUAUGCAGAUCGGGGCUAGUGUUAUCCUCCAAGGCCAACAUCCUUCGAGAUCUGCAUAAUUCUUCAUAUAGUACGAAAGCCGAAUCUAAUAAUUAGGUUAUUAUUCAUUCUAAAAAUUUCAUACUUUUUACCUCGAUGAUCAUUUGUCUUUUCCUCGAAAAAGACAUAAAGGAAUGUGUGGUUUAGCAGAUAUUCUUCAAAUAGCAGUUGUCAUCCGUCGAGUUGUAUUUUUUCUGUUUUUGCUAUGUUUGUAGGCUGUAUUUCGACUAUUUCUUUUUCGCAAGCAAAACGCACAUAGUUUUCCGCCAUUUUCCCCAGCUCUACAAAAUGGCUCAGCGAACGUAACGUCACGUCUCCAGGGCGUGUAUGCUGCCCUCCCUUUUCUUGGUGAUAUCCUGUAUUAUUGAUAUCACAACGUCUUUCGAUUUUGGUCAGUGCUCGCUAGCUAUUGCUGUUGAUGACAUUGUUAAGUAGCCAAAGUAGUAGUGAAGAUUGUUUUUGCAGCUGUUUUGUGACUUACCUUUUAAUGAGAGCGUUGUAAAAGUUUCGCUUUAUGAUUUCUUUAACCAGGAAUUAGUUGUCCGAGGCUGGCUCCCCCUUCUAAUGGCGAUGUUGUUCCAGAAACUUGCAAGGCAGAUGGGCACAUUUACAACGAGACAUGCCAUUACACAUGUUCAUCUGGCUAUCAGUUGUCAGGGGUAACGAAGACAACGUGCCAAAGUGACGGGCAAUGGGACGAAGAAGAGGGACCUACGUGCCAGAAAGGUAAUAAAAGCCAGAAUCGAUGUAUAUUGGGGGAAUCUUAGCUUGCCAAUGUUGCUUCAUGAGUCUAUUCUCUAUCCCUAUUUCCUACCAGGCUAUAAAUACAAAAGCCAUAACAAAAAUUACCCAUUUACAUAGGUGACUCCCUGGUUACCUUUAGAUACAGAUUUUGUUAAAACGGAAUUCUAAGAACCACCACCACCACCACCAACUACAACAAGCUCUAUUGGCAUGGCCAUACAGGUGACCAUACAUGUACAUACAGCAUAGCAAAAUCUAUAUAUAUUUUAAAAAGGUGGGGGGUGAUUUCUAUAUUGGACGGCAAUUAAGUUACUUCUAGUAUACUUUUAUCCAAAUAAAUUCUUUGGCAAGAAGUUAAUCUUCCCCAUUGAGGCAUAUUUUUCACCAUAGGUGGUUGUUGUUGUUGUUUUUUUUUUCCAUUUCUUUUCUUUUUCCAUAUAAAAAAGAGAAAGCGCUGAUAAACACACAUUUUUAUCAGUAAGAUCCUUUUGGAUGAAUUUACCUUGGUAAUGAUAAUAAUACUGUGCGACAAUCACUUUACCGUGGUUUCCACUCUCGCGUACUUUUUUUACCUGCGUAAUUGAAAAUAAACGAAAUGUAUGGAAGGCACGCGGGACCUUACAUGCAUUGCCUCUAUUUUAUUUACGCAAGUAAAGACUACGCAACGGUGGAAAUCCACGCUAGAAAGUAUAUUGUGAGGUUAACGCAUUUCUUUCGCGUACAGUCUUCCUGGAUCCUUGGAUCACGUGCCCAGAUAACGUGGUGGUGACUCUCUCUCCCGGCGCAAACACCUCCGAUGUCUCCGCCUUAUUAGAGAGCCCACUAUCCAAUCAGCCAGCGGAGAGGAUAACAGUCAAACCAUUGCAAUACAGAAAUAGUAAAAUCUUCCCAGCGGGUUCAACGACUUUGACCUACACUGCUAAAAACCAAAAUGGAAAGAGAGCAAAAUGCAAGGUCGCUGUUAUCGUUCAAGGUAUCCAAUGACCAUAUCCUUGUUGUCAUGCAUCACUGUACGACAGUCAGAAUUUCAACCUACCCUUUAGAAAAUGCGUGGGAGGGGUGGGUAAAUGGAAAACCCCUAGGUCGAGGUUACAAGAAUUUCCACAAAUGAGAGCUGUUUUUCUUUAAUCCUCCCUGGAGAAUUGUGGUGUUUUUGAGUAAAAUGAAAUCGCACUGAAAGUAUGGUCAAUUUUUAGUGACAAUCGUUUCAGUAAAAAAAAGCCGUUUCAGUCUAAGCAGUAUAGAGAAUGUUUGUUACAUAAAGUAUAACGGCCCUAGUUGCUACUAAUUCAAGAGCCCAGGGGUAGAGAGGAUGAACUUGUAAACAGAACGUCUAAGGUUCAACUUUGUUGGAAGACCGCGGAUUUUUUCCGCCUGUGUCACUGACUGAAUUAUAGCGUCAUUUUCUACAGAGCGUUGAAUAGAACAUAUUCAAUGAUUCGUUUUUCCUUUAAUCGAGGAAAUUGAAAACAAUUGGGGAAACGUUUCCAGUUUUGAAAAUUUCUAAGAGCAAUUUGCCAACCGUAAAAACGUACCUCUACUUGUUUAUGGUGGUAGGCCUUUGCUUUCCCAGCCUCAAAUGCACCUGCCGUUUCGGACUUUCUGACCUUACACCAAUGAGUUGAUAUAGAACUUAACACCUAAUAUAAUUGCAAAGAGAUUUGACCCAUUGGUUGGACUAUUGCCUUAUUUCUUAUAUUAGUUUCAUUCUUUUUUUUCAAUUCCAAACUAGAGGGAUUGACAGAGUUUAAAAAAUGCACUUUGUUUGUAUGAGUGUCACUGUAUUUAGCACGAAAGGUCUAAUUGGGUACACUACUUUUACGUCUCCUACUGGAGACGUAACUGCCAUUUUAAGUGGUCAUCCGAGCCACGGGAAGGUCUAGCCGAUUGAAGUGCAAAGGGUCUCUCAGUACCUUCGAGUAUUUGUCCGAGCCCAGCGAUCGAAUCCACGACCUCCCGCUCUGCAGUCAAGCGCUCUAAUGACUGAGCUAAUCCUGCCGCUUCCAAUUUAUAGAUUUCUUUUUGACUUAUGCCUUUUCCUUUCUUACUUGCAACAGACAAAGAGAAACCAGCGUUUUCUACCUGCCCAAGAAACAUCUACGUAACAACUACAGAGAACUUCAAAGUUGUACACUGGACACCCCCCACGUUUACUGAUAACGUCAGAGUGAUUAGGGUGACGUCCAGGAAAAAUCCAGGCGAUGUAUUCCACCUUUUCUCAACUAUUGUGAGUUACACUGCCUACGAUCAGGCGAAAAAUACAGAAACGUGUUCAUUCACCGUUAAUGUCAAGAGUAAGUUUGUGUGAUUCUUUUCAUUUUGUAGAGCAUUUUCUAGUUAAAAGUCAUAGUACAAUUUUAUGUUAACUUCGCUUUAAGCUUGUACAUGUACCUCUACACUCUGUAAUCUAUUAAAAAACCAAUGCCUAAUCUUAGACUUGCUUUCGUCUUCUUGUUCCUCUCUUAUUGUUUUCCUUUGCUGAAACAUAUUAGCUUGCAAAGUUAAAAAUUGUAUCCCAAAUUAAAGUAUUUGUCACAACAAAUUCAUCUCACUGUUAACCCAGACUCAUACCCAGUCGCUAUUUAAGUGUUUUUUGGGAUGAGAGAAGAUUGGGGAUUAGGUUGAGGCGCGUGCGGGGUAUCAUGGGAAGGGAAGAAGGAAAAAAAAAGCUUCCUUCUUCCCUUCCAAUGAGACCCCGCGCGCGCCGCAACCUAAUCCCCAAUCUUCUUUCAUCCCAAAAAACACUUAAAUAGCGACUGGGUACGAGUCUGCUGUUAACCUAAGACGUAAUAGGGACCUUAAGUAACAAGAAUGUUGAUGUCCCGGAUGUCACUAAUGGCAACCGGAAGUUGUUAUUUUAUCUCUUUCAGUGCUCUGACUCGCCAAGUUCGUACAGCGGGAGUUAAAACAAAGGCAUUCAGAUUCGUUGUGUAAAACAGAAGUGUUCCAUCGAGCGAGAUAUCAAUCUUCCGGUUGCUAUUCAUGGCCUCCAGGGCUUCAGCGUUCUCGUUGCUCAUAUUUUCAAAACUCGCCAAUAUUUUUCAAAACCGGUCUUCAUGCAAGGUAAUUCAAGGCAGUCGUGAAUUCUGGAUUCCACGCUGUGGAUUCAGGUACAGGAAUCCAGAUCCCUUGUUAGCCGAACUUGGAUUCCGGGUUCCAAUCGUUAGCGGGAUUCCAGAUUCCUUGAGCUGCAAUUCCGGAUUUCACAAGAAAAAAUUUCUCGGAUUCCGGAUUCCACAAGCAUAAAUUUCCCGUACAUGAGGUAAUGUUGAUAACCAACCACGGAUGCCUCUUUGAAAAUUAUUUUGUAUUUGUUUCCUCUGAUUUUACCAGAAUUAGGAUGCGACCUUUCUCCUUCGCCACCAGAAAAUGGUGCUUUGACCUGCAGCAAUUAUGGUGGAUCAUCAUUUUGUACACUCUCCUGUAACGCGAACAAAAAGCUCUUCAAGAACGUUUAUUAUAUACAUUGCGAAAAAGGAUCAAGUCCAAAAUGGAGCGAAAUACCUGAUUGUGUUGGUAAGUAACGUUUCAGCAACGAACCUUAUGUAGUUGCAGCUGUAGUUGAUGCUGUCCUUGUUGUCUGUCCAGCUUCGUUCUCCCACCUCGUCAAAUUAUAUUGUUUCAUGUUUGUGCACAAGAUUUCCACUCGGGUGGUUUGUGUAAUUACUACAAGAAACUCCAAAGGAAGUGUUUAUAUUAAUGAUAAGUAAUUUGCUAGUAGUUGCCAGAUCUUACAAAAGUUGCUAUACUUGUAUCGUAAGUAUCUUUUACUGCAGAUUCUAGCUUGAAAACAACGGGCCGACCUUUCAAGCUUGACUGUGUUGUAAUGUUGUAAUCCCGUUUUUAUAGUUUGUUUCAUUUCAAAUGCAGAUUAUUUAAAUCCAGAGGCUGAUGGUUCUUGUGAAAUCAGUUAUGUGAAACAAGGAAGCUUAAAUGGGGCGUUUGCGGAAGACAUUUGUGGUCAGUGUUAUUUUGUUUAUUUAUUUGCUUGUCUCGUGUUAUUUUGGUGGAAUUUAUUCGUCCAUCAUUCCAUUCAAUAACUCUCUAUCCACCAAUAGAGCGUUUUCAUAUGACAUUACGUCAGCCAUCCAAACCAGUCCUAUGGGAGUUGAAUCCUUUUCUUAUGUAAACGCUUUCUUUUUUCCAAAAAAUUUACUUAGAAGCUGCCCAAGUAAGUGAAAACGCUCUAUAUCCAUCGGGCUUUCCAUCAAUCCAUCAGUCCUUCUGUCCAUCCCUCCCUCCCUCCCUUCAUUCUUUUCUUCACUCCCUUCUUCCUUCCCUCUCUCCUUAAUUUCCUCCUUCUCUCCAUCUCUCCCUUCUACCCUCCCUCCUUUCCUCCCUCCCUCCCUCCUAUUUCCUCCCUCUUUCCCUCCUCCCUUCCUUCCUCCCUUCUUUCCUUCCUUCCUUCCUUCCUUCCUUUCACCCUUCCUUCUUUCCCUCCUUUCUUCCGUCCUUCCCUCUUUCCUUCCAUUCUUCCAUCCCUUCUUCCCUCCGUCGUUCACGCUCUCCCUCCCUUCCCCCUCCCUGCCUCCGUCCCUCGGUCCCUCCAUCCCUCCAUCCACCCAUCUACCUAUCCAUUAUGAAAGGUUCAGGGGUAAAAAAACCUACAAGGUGAAUUAUUUGAAUGUAUUUACAGUUAAGUGUCCCAAGGGGAUGUAUUAUAACAUUACGACAAAGACUUGUAAGAAUUGUGCGACUGGAUACAUAAGCUCACAAGAGGGUUCACUGGAAUGUGAAGCAUGCCCUGAAAUCAGCUCGACACUGGUGGAGGGAUCUAAAAAGUGCACUGGUAAGUUUAUCUCCAAGUGUUUGGUGUCAGAGCCUCAACCUACAAUUUUGUCUCUAUCAAUCUAAGCUGCAGACCUUCCUCUCCUUUAAACAUCGAAAGUGUACUUCCAGCCAGUGGUGCCAUCAUUACAAAGGCUAUCGUUCAUGAAGCCAGGCCGGCAAAUAUUUUUCCUUUUUACAGUCACUAAUGUGUGGGGAAGUAACCGUUUUAGUCGGAUAAAGGAUGAAAGUGGUUGGGGAUACACUAUGUUGACUCAGUUUAAUCUUUUUUACGCAAAUCUUCAGCUACAGAAUAAUUUGGUAUUUGAGUCCGGCGUCUGGUAGGAUUAACUCUUUGACUUUGUCCCAUGAAUAUAGCUCAGUGCUUGGCCGGUCACUUCUCGAACUCUGGGUUUGAUCUGCCCUCAAAUCUUGACCCCUGUGAGCUAUGUCCGAAGAAUACUUUCCAAAAUAAAGUUGGCCAAACGAGUUGUGAGAAAUGUCCUUAUGGAACCACUACAACUUCGACUGGAUCGACAUCAUUGGUCGACUGUGGAGGUAAGCAUUGAGUCCAAUCAAGUAGAAGGGGGUGGAGUGACUCUCCAAGACGGGUUGUCCGGUCUGCCUGAUAGCGAAAAGUCCUUAACUAUGCGCCGACGGGUAGAGGACGGUAGUAAUCUCGUACCUAGAUCUCUUGUUAACGAAGCCAAGGCGAGAUCUGGUCAAGUAAGAAAAUUUAAUUUUAAAUCAGCCACUUAGACUUCAACUGCCUAGAUUGUGUGGAAGUGAGUGUUACCAGUUUGACACACUUCGUCGACGAGAGAUUAGGAUGGUAGAGCUCUUUUAGCGAAGAAUUACAGUUUCUUACUGCCUCAUGUGAUCCCAAAGAAUAUUUAUGGAGAAUCACAUACCUAGUCGUGUAGAAGAUAAAGCAAAGUCAGCAUGAAUAAUUCAUGCUCUUCAGAAGAACAUUGCUUGUUUUCAAAGUCUCUUGACUUAAUCUAAUAUAUUUCGAUUUCUGUGGACAAUUAGGAGUACCAGUUGUCUCUCGAUUUGAACCUAAUCCAAGCAAUGCCACUGAAAAUCAAGCCACCCAGUUUGAAUGCUACGGUCAUGGCUUGCCUCCUCCAACUUUCACCAUCAGGAAGGUGAUGCCAGCGCAAGGUUAGUGUGAUCAAAACAGCCGUAUUUUAGGUUUUUCAACCACAAAUGAUCCUAGAACUGUUUUGCCGUCGCUAGUAGUCGUUGUUAAGGUCGGUGGUUUCAGGUUGCGAGACUUCUGGGCUGAAUGGAGGCUCAGCAGUGGAGAAUUCUGUGGUGCAACCGCUAUACUGGCCUGCGAAAACAGCCGUUUCUCCUCGCUCCUCGCCUCUGGGGACGUUUCGCGAGGAGGAACGGCUGUUUUCGCAGGCAACUGCCAUACAAUCCAGUUUAACCUAGCGGUGUCUUACUGUUUAUCUAUUAUUUGCUUGAGUCCAUUUAGGUCUUACCUAGCAGUGAUUUUGUUACCUCUGCGUCCUGCGUACCCGAGGCAUAAAAAUCCCAAAAGACGCAAAAUAAUUUGUGGCAUGGGUCCCGUAGGACGCAAAGAUCGAUUGUUUUUUGUAGAAUAUCCUGUUUGUGUGAUUUCUGUGGCUGUUCUUGUGGCUGUUGUUAAAAACACGCUUAUUUCUUUUAGUCUUUGUUGUGCUUUACAAUAGGAGGAGUACAUUUUUAUUUCAGUAAACUGCAAUACAGAGUUUUGGUGUCUGUCUUCACAUUAACUGUGUGGUUACAAAAGACCCAGGAACUCACUGUUUUUUGAACUGGGACUUAACGGUUCUAGACUGGAACUCAUAAUUUUUCAAAAGAUGAGUUCCAGGAUUCACCAUAACUAUUUGUAACAAAAUCACCGACCUUGUAGAAAUAAAUUUGACUGUGUGUUCGUUUUUUAGAGGGUUUCGGCGGCCCUGUAAUACAAGACUCACCAUAACUAUUUGUAACAAAAUCACCGACCUCGUAGAAAUUAUUUUGACUGUGUGUUCGUUUUCAGAGGGUUUCGGCGGCCCUGUAAAACAAGAGUACAUUAGUGGACCAGAAGGCAAACGAAUCGGUCUCCGCUUUAUCAUCACCAGAGUCACACAGUACGACAAGGGUGCGUACGAAUGCAAAGUAGAGAAUAACUUUGGCACUGACCGCAAGUACCUUCAUGUCAACGUAGCUUUGGACUUUAACAACGGUUAG